AAAGUAAGAUUUUCAAAAACAUAGCGGAUAAGAGAUCUACAGAUAUAAUAUCUAGGCUAGAAUCAAGGGGAGUUCAAUCUUAAUAAUAAUGUCGGUCUCUAUACCGGUCACAUAGUCGCGACCUUUACUUGAAACUAUAGAAAAUACAAAUAAAACAGCAAACAGAAUGUCAGUAUUCCAGUUCUCAAGACAAUUGAGUGUUCUAGCUAGCAAUGUUGUCAAGAGCACAGUCCUAAGGGCACCAUCACAGCUAACCACCAGAGUACAAUCUUCACCUUUAUGUAGUACAUCUAAGACUAACAACUAUUGCUCGCUGUGGAAUGGGCUGAGUCCUUAUAUUAAAUCUGCUUCCUGUAUUUUACAAAAAAUGAAUGACUGCAAAUUACAUUUUGAGAGAUUCAUUUCUUUAUCUUACAUGCAUCGCAAAGGCUUGUAUAAAAAAGUUCGUAAGAAGAAAAACAGUCCUUUGGAAGGAAGGCCCCAGUUAAAAGGUGUUGUUCUCAAGACACUUAUCAAGAAACCCAAGAAGCCCAAUUCUGCCAACAGGAAGUGUGUUCGUCUGCGCCUGAGCACCGGGAGGGAAGUGACAGCUUAUGUUCCUGGAGAGGGUCACAAUUUACAAGAACAUAACAUCGUGUUGGUUCAAGGUGGAAAGUUGCAAGAUACGCCUGGAGUCAAACUUGUUUGUGUGCGGGGCAAAUAUGAUCUUCCACAUGUUAAAAAGAAAUGAUUUGCACUUGAAUAAUAUUUGUACAAAACUUAA